GGGGAUCAACAACGUGCAAAUGGCAACGUGUGGUCAUUCAAACUUUAGUUUCCUCCCGUGAAAGAUCAUUAUCAUCUGCCCGCAUAUAUUGUUUUUUUGAAGAAACGACGACUUUGUGUGCUAACCAUGCAAACAAGCACGGUCAAAGAUUGUUUCGACAAUUUUGAUUGCUGCCAUUUGCAGAUCGUAUCGUUGCUCGUGUGGGCGCUUGUAUGUUCUACAGAGGCUUCUAUUUGCCCCCCAGCUUGCCAGUGCCUUUCAAAGAACGCAUGGACAUGUGAUAAUAUAAAUUCAGUUGCAGAUAUUUGGAGGGAUUCUGGAAUGGUGGUCGAAGAGUUGACUCUGAAUCACAUUAAAGAUCUAAAUAGCACGGGUGACCAAAGCUUCAGUGACCAUUUUGGGAUAUUCGUGUCCGUCCGCAGACUGAAGAUUCAGCAAUCGGCUAUCAACAGCAUUUCGGCAUCCUUUAUUGAUUCCUUCCCUAUUGUGGAAACAGUAUUUUUGGAGGAUAACCAGUUCUUGUGCAGCGAACACAUUUUAUCUCUUCAAAGGUGGCAAUCGAAAAUUGAUGGUUUUAAUAAGUUACAGUGUUCUUCGCCAGAUGGCAUGGCGCGGACGAAGGUUUUUAAGGCGCUAAAAUCAAUUGAACGCGCCAUUAAAGAAUGUCCGAGACCAUGCCGUUGUGUCGUAAGAUCUAUGGACUCCCAAUACUCUAUACCAAAUUUGUUCGUCAAUUGCAGUCAAUCUAAACUUAAAGUUACACCUGUAUCCCUGCCCAAAUCUUGGGUGAUAGAACUUGAUUUGAGUCACAAUAAGAUUGAAGAUGCCACUCCUCUCUUUAAUCUUCCCGUCUUUCGAAAUGUGUCUGUGCUUAAUCUUGCUCAUAACCAUAUUCAUAACAUUCAAGUACCAAAUGCUACCGGACAUAAAAACCAUUUCAGACUUUUGAACUUGGCCAACAACAAACUUACUCAAUUAGCAUACAGUGUGGUAUUUGAUACAGAAAAUUUCUCGUAUCAGCCUCUAGUCAUGCUCAGAAACAAUCCCUGGAUGUGUGACUGCGAUUCAGUAAAAAUGUUUCAGAGUAUUGCAAUGAAACAGUUGCACAUAAUUGGGGAUUUCACCCACCUGACAUGUGGUGGAGACUUUGAAGGCCAUUUAAUCAGUUCACCUGCCUUCGUUCAGAGACUCUGCCACGUACCAGCCGUAGCCAUAAUAACGAUUCGCUGUGUCAACAUUCUCUGUUUCAUCUUUGUCGGACUGACAUUGAUUAAGACUGCAUUUGACUUGCGAUCCAUGUACGCCGUAGGCAUAUUCCAUUACUUCGCUCAUCUUUUGCUGCCUCCACGAAAAUGAUCUCAUCCUUCCCAACAGCUAUCAGCUCAUAGAGACGCAUGGUGAGCACGAGAAUUUCUAAAGAACUGAAAUAAAAGUUGGCAAAACUAUAAAUAACCAGCCAUGAAUCCAAACUACCAGCAGGAGAGGCAGUGGAUGGUGUUCGGUUAACAGCAGCAAUAGGCAACACUGAACACGCGUGAAAAGGACCUGAAGAGCUCAUCUGUCGUUUCUGGGGAAGGGUGAAUGAAAAAGAGACCAGAAGUGACGGAGAUGAAGCGCAAGUCGCCAACCAUGCCAGCUUCAUAUUCUCUGGCUAGUAAAUUGCGAUGCGCACCACGUACUCGGCUGCUGUAUGUCUGUCUGACGGAAUUGAGCUGAUGAAUAUUCAUACCUUUUACACGCCUGGGUAGACAUGCUCGCUGGACUAUAGAAGACAGACCAGAUAAAUCAUCCUACGCAUGUUUGCUCCCUUACAUGAAGGAAAAUCUGGGUAUGCCCAAAAUAGCUGAACUACCAACAUCUUGGGCUGGAAAAUGAUGAGGCCCAAGAGAAAGGAAGAGGUUGUGCCAACGCCAUUAAGCCGACAGAUUUCUUCGUUGCGUGAUGGAGCCGCCUCUGCAACGUUCUCAGACAUCUAAAUGUAGACAGCAAUGGCCUGACCACACCAUGAAGAGAGAGACGAAGAGCAAUCAGAAUGGAUAGGAGGAGGAAGGAACAACCUCAGGCUUUUGACGUUAUUCCUCGUAUGCAGCUCAUUACAACCGUCGGACACGUGACGAAAGAAAAGAUGAGAGCUAGAUAAGAUGAGGAGGAAUCCUUUUAUUUUUUGUCGUGCUGUCUCCUGUUUGGCGUGAGAUGAAGCCAUCACGUCACUUGGGGAGUGACGACGAUAUCCGAAGCAAGGAACACAUUUCUGGCCGGUCGAAUAUGCUGGAAACGUUUGGAGAUGGCACCGGUUGAAUAUGAAGUGGAAAGGCUCGUCAUCAGCCCCUUCACUAGCAAGUUCCCAGAAUCAACCCCUCAGGUGUCAUUCAACUUUUAAGGCCGCGUGACCGACAUCUCAAGUAUUAGCUCCCACGGGUUCUCCAGCGGCUCUGACAAUUGACAACGAAAUGCACAACUCAAUUUAUUCUUCGCCUUCUCAAAGUAUUCGAAAAAGAUGCAAACUCAUCAUCGCAGUGGAGAGUGCCGACCGAUUUUUUCGGUUCGGCGAAAUUGUGCCUACACAUCAUCAUUAUAUAUU